ACUUAAUUUGCUACAACGCUAUAAAACCCAGCCCUCACAGCCUUUAGGAUACACCCUCUCGGCUGUUCCUGAAGAGAUUCGACCAACAUGCUGCUGUUCACCGCUCUGUUACUUCACGCUAUAUCCGGCUUUGUUUCUGGUUGUGACUAUGGAUACUCAACUCCAAUCGGUGAUCUGUUUGACCCCCCUGCAACUUACAACGGACACACGUAUUACCUCUCCAAGUCUUUCUACUUAAACGCUGACCAAGCUCAAAGUGUUUGUUUGUCCUACGGCAUGUACUUGGUGGAGGUCAACGACGCAGGCGAAUACAAGUUUGUCCAGGACCUUGCCAGAAAAGCUAACCCUGAAGGUCUGCUGAUUUCUGGAACUGACAUGGCCCAGGAAGGUACAUGGACCUUCCAGUUCAGUAAGGAACCGGUCAAGUUUUUAGACUGGUAUAAAGGAAACCCUGACAACUAUGGCGGGGGAGAAGAUUAUCUAACCCUGUAUCGGCCCUACAACUACCAAAUGAAUGAUGUAUUUUAUGGUAAUCGCGGUGGUUAUAAAUUCUUGUGUGAAAAAUGUGGUUGAUCAAAACACAUGUUUGUCAAAGGACGUGGUGGAUCAAGAUAGAUGAAAUAAAACAUGUUAUCCAUCAUAGGCUCUGAUUAAAAAAAUGAUUUUA